CUACAAACACACGCACCCUCUUCCCCUGCCUGCCUUCUAAAUCUCUCUAAUUACGCCCCCAUUUUGGAUUUGUUCAACCAUCUUUACCGCUCGCUCUCCAUGUUUUUCCAAUUUUUUUAGUGUUUUCGUAUCCGAUUCUUGUUCGGAUUAGAUUUUGUAAUCACACUUCAGAUUCUGUAAUUCGCUCUUGUUUCUUCUUUUGACAAUUUUUUUUCAUCUUUUUGUCGGUUGUUUUUUCGCUAUUCGGGUUGGUGAUUUACGUUUGAUUCGAAUAUUUUUGCAAUCUUUUGUAUAUAGAGUCUUUUACGUUUGUUAAGAGAGCGAGCGGGUAGUCAAGAUUUGUUCAGUUUUAAUCUAAUCAAUGGCUGCAGAUAAGAACAGUGGCAAAUCCAAAAAGGGUGUUGAUGAAACCACAGAGAGGAUGGCGACGAGCCAAGAUUGGGAUAUUGGUAAAGGCAAAGAUGUCGAUUUUAAUACUAGUUUCGAGAGGCGUCAGCAAUGGAGGCCCGUUUUAGAAGAAGCUUCCAUCUCACAAAGACCUCUCAAGAAGAUCCGUAGCCCUGAACGUUUUCAAUCUUCAUCUUCUGUUACUCAUCAAUCACAGUCACCUUCUUUUUAUGUUUCUCCAAGUUCAGCUUCUUCACCAUCUUCUUUGUCUUUGCCAUCUUCAAGAUUUUUUCCUUUUGCUUUUGAUUCAUCUCAACAAGAAGCCAUGCAAUUUUCUCAACAGUUGAGAACAUCACCAGCUCCUCUGCCUCUUUUUCGACCUCCGAUACAACCGACACAAACUCAGCAACAAAUGAUUUCUUUCAGUUCUCAUCAACCACAGCACGGCUUUAAUUAUCCUCAGUUUUUCACUGGAGAAUCAGCGCUGGCUUAUCAACAACAGCAGCAGCAACUUCUUCAGUAUUGCGAAGCAUUGAAUUUAACCCCGAGAGGAAGAAUGAUGAUGAUGAAUAGGUUGGGACCAGAUGGAAGGCCAUUGUUUAGGCCUCACGUUCAGCCUUUAAACGCUACAAAGCUUUACAGGGGAGUGAGACAGAGACAUUGGGGCAAAUGGGUAGCCGAGAUUCGUCUACCUCGAAAUAGGACUCGCCUUUGGCUUGGAACAUUUGACACGGCUGAAGAUGCCGCCUUAGCCUAUGAUCGCGAGGCCUAUAAAUUGAGAGGGGAGAAUGCUAGGCUUAAUUUCCCUGAAUUGUUUCUGAAUAAGGAUAAAGCAACGUCCACAUCUCCUGCUUCAAAUGUUUGUUCUUCACCCACUACUCAUGAAAGUUCAAGCUCAAGUUCAAUGCCAAGUCGAUUCCUAAGCCAGUCUCAACAAGCUCAAGAAGGCCUGAAUUUGCAGGUUAUGAGUAGGGAACCGAUGCCGCCACCACCACCACCACAGCCUCAAGGAGACAAUCCUGACAGUAAUUCAGGAAUAGGGUCAAGUGAGGUUACAGCGAGUGAUGAGAUGCAGGCGGUUGCCGAGGGUUCUGGUUCAGGAGAAGGCGUUUCGGGCUCAGAAGAUUUAGUAUGGGGAGAAAUGGCAGAGGCUUGGCUCAAUGCAAUUCCAGCUGGUUGGGGUCCAGGUAGUCCAGUUUGGGAUGAUUUGGAUGCCACUAACAAUCUUCUAAUGCCUUCAAACCUUCCUUUUGUCAAUCAAAAUCAGCAUGAAUUUAAUGAACCUGAUCGUCAUAAGCAGCAGGACAAUUUGGGUUCUGCUUCUUCAUCUUCAUCUUCUUGUCCCAUGAAGCCCUUCUUUUGGAAGGAUCAAGACGGAUAAGUCACCCACAAGAAUCAUCCUUGCAAGUGGUUUACGAAAACAGUUUUUCUCUUCUCGCUUUCUCUCUAUUUUGUCAGGUUUUUGGACCACUUUUUGAUUUUUCUCACUGGUUGCAUAUUUUUUUCAAGAUACCAUCCUGUGAUUUUCAUCUCAUCUCUACAUUUUCCCUCUAUCUUUAGAAAAGUUUUAAUCCUCUUUAUCUUCCACUGGUUGCCGAUUUUUUUCACAAAACAACCUGUGAUUUCUUUUUUUUUUUUUUUUUUUUCUUAUUCACUCAUUUUGCGUUCAAAGGCUUUUAUGGAUGGAUUGUUCUUCCUAUUAGAUUCUCCGUCUACUUCCACUUGAAUUGCUGCAAAAAAGGCUGCGUAUUUUCAGGCCUUUUAGUAGUGGUAAUCUAGUUGAUGCUCUAUAGAUCAUGCAUUUUGUCCCUAGUGGUACUAGUAUCUCAUAUGUCUCUAGCUAGAAUCAUUCUCAAUCAUGUUUUUAGUUUUGUCUCUUAACCUUUGGGGAUGGAAUUGUAGUGAUUUUUAGUGCAGGACCAGCAUAGAAGGAGACAGUUUUGUGAUCUCCUCUUUGGUCCAUCCACCUCGAGCUCUCUAUUUUUCUGCUCGGUGGAUGAAAUCAAUAUGUAAUAUUGUACAUUGUGCAGUUCAUUAUGAUUACAGCAUUUCAAUUUAAUGUCUAUUUUUACAAA